AUGUCAUGCAAAGAUGGAUACUACGAUAUAACUACGUCAUGCAGCAAAAGCUGUCCUAAAAACUGUGUCUCCUGCUCGUCUGAAGAAACGUGUGAUAAAUGUAAGAAUGGUUACUUUAAUGGUUAUGCCGUUGACAACACAAGUCUUCCGCGUUUAGACAACUGUUCACACGAAUGUAGAGCUCAUUGCAUACACUGCAUGUCAUACGAUACUUGUUUGAAAUGUGUACCUGGACGAUAUGGUUUAACCUGCAAUGAAAUAUGUUCUGCUGGUUGUAAAUCUGCUGAAUGUUUGAUAGGGUCUGGUCAAUGUACAUGUGUUCCGAAUUUCGUAGGAGAUAAUUGUAAAGACUGUAAGGUUGGAAAAUUUGGAAAUAUGUGCGAGAAGAACUGUUCCUCGGGUUGUAAAAGUAGUGUUUGUGACAAACAGUCGGGUUAUUGUCUAAAAGGAUGUAUUGUCGACUCAAUUGUUGGCAAAACAUGCAAUACAUGUUUAGUUGGUAAGUACGGGGAGUAUUGUAACACAUCAUGUCCAAAGAAUUGUAAUGACAAUGAAUGUGACAGAGAGAAAGGUACAUGCCUAAAAUGCCAGGAGAAUUAUACCGGAGAAUUAUGCCAGAAAUGUGAGAAAGGAAAAUAUGGAGGAAGAUGUAACCUACUUUGUCCCGAUAGAUGUGAAGGUACCGUUUGUGAGCAAGAUUCUGGGAAAUGUUUUAGUUGUAGUGGAAACUUCAUAGGUGAUCGUUGCGCUAUUUGUAAAAGAGGCUUCUUUGGUUCACAAUGCAAUGACAAAUGUUCCGAAUAUUGUUUCGAUGAUAUAUGCGAUAGAAAUACCGGAGUGUGUAUGCAGGGAUGCAAACGGCAUUUCUCAGGAGACAAGUGUUGCUUAAGGAGCUCCAACUGUGUUAAGUGCUUAACAAAUGAUAGGUGUGAAGAAUGUAAAAUAGGCUUUCACGGAUCUGCGUGUAAUAUGACUUGCAGCAAAUAUUGUGUCGAUAAUGUAUGCACACUGGCAACUGGUGUAUGUACAAAGGGCUGUAAUGGUACAUUCGACGAAUAUUUAUGCCCUCUGGAGGCCGUAACUGAGGCAGACAAACCAGAGGGGAGUAAUCAAGCAAUUGUGGCAGUCAUGGGAGUAGUCCUAGCCAUUUCAGUUGUAGCUAACAUUACUGUGGGUACUGUUGUAAUAGUAAGAAAAGUACAAUCUGGCCGCAG